GGUACCUAGAAGUACCCCUUUUCAACAAUGUUUUAUAAGCUAAAUCUUCCCAUUCACCUACUCUUCAACUCACCUUCAAGCCUUGAUCCAGCUCGACUGAAAUAGAAGCUGGCCAUAUCGUUAAGAUGUCGCUGAAAUUUGAACAAUUUGUAAAAUUCACGACCGACUCAGUCGGUCUAGAGAGGACCUUCCGCCUGUUCCAAUCCAUCGUGCAGAUCCUCUCAAACUUCACCCUCCCCUUUAAUGUGCUCCUCGAGGUCUUCAUUCUCACAACAGAGAAGGCCCCCUCCCCUGCAGCAACCCGCGUCGUCCUGAAAGCUCUCAACCAACGUCUGGGACUCGCCCGGCGUUUCUUCCGGAUAUUCCGAUUUUUGGACUCAUUCAACGCGGCGCAGAAGCUCUCCUCCAAGCUCUCCGCCGCCCAGGGCCAGAAAGGAGCCGCGCCGCGCGGGUUUCUGUCUCAGGUGCACCCAUGGAUUGACGUCUUCUCAAAGACAUUCAUGGGAAUGUACCUACUACUGGAAGCCAGCACGAUGGUAGACGCGCUGCAAGUUCCUGGGCUAGCAAUCUGGACAGCCGAGCGGGAACGCACUAUUACCGUCGAGGGCCAGAGGUUCUGGCUGUUCUCUCUGGUCUGUAGCGCCGUGUACAACAUCCUGGAAAUAUCAUUCACGCUCUCUUCCGCACCACCCGCUCCAACUGAAAAAGCAGCCUCUUCCGAGAAAAAAGCGUCAAGUCGCGAAAAGCGCAAGCAGGAGCCGAAGCAGGAGAUCACGACCAAAGUGUUCAAACUGGGUCGCGGUGCCACGGCUAGCAUUCUCGACAUCGUCCUACCGGGCAGCGUUGUUGGUUGGAUCAAAGCCGACCCUGGUACCGUUGGUCUAGUUACGUUCGUAACGACGAUCUUGACAAGUAUGGAUGUGUGGGAGAGGUGUGGACGAGAAGUCGCAGGGAGUAACUAGACCUAAGGUAGCGGAUCUUGACGUUCAUCACAUCCCUUUGGCGAAUUCGAAGAGCGCUUGCAUAACUGUUUUGGAUAUCAAGCUUGGUUAACUUGAAUAGAAUUGUUGGAUAGACCCACGAUGUAUCGUUGAAACGAAAUUACGAGAUCAUGAAAGGGGUUGGACUGGGGAUAGAAGUCGUAUGAAUGUCUUAUGUGUGUAGGUAGGUAUGGAUGAUAAAUACUAAGGCAUUGUACUCACGAUU